UUAAAGUACAGCGAUGGAACGUCCUACGCUUGCCAUUUUAGCAGUUAUGCUUGUGUUCGGCCUUGCAAGAUGCGAAGACUACUCUCGUUUCCUUGUCGACAUCGUUGAACCAACAGGUGUCGCUGUUGUAAAGACCACCAUGGCCACUGUUAACAGCAUCUUGCAAGAAACAGCCGGUGUUGAUUUCAUCUUCAAGGUGGUUGGUGAACCAAGAGUAUUAGCAAUUCUGAAUAUACCCAACCUGUGCGAUAUGCGUCGUCUCGAAGAUAAGUUGUUGGGCGAUAAUCUGGACAUCACUGUGAAAUCUCUUUUCCUGGGUGAAAAACUUGCAGCUGAUCUGGGGGUGAACAAAACCCUUAUUGCAAGUGCCCCGCCUCCAGCGAACCUAACUGGAGACCACAUUUACUUUUGGGAUGUAGUUUUCAGAAUGGAAGAUCUAACUAGGGAAGAAUACAAAGAGGAAAUACGAGACAAUCUGGAGGAGAGCCUCAAGUACAGACUGGACAAUCACCGGAAUCUCAUAUACAAAGUUCUCGGACAGUUUCCUAUUCAGAUGCUAUAUUUUGCACCAUUGAAACCAGAGGAUGCUGAAAUUCUUAACUGGCACUUCAUCCGCUGGAAACUGAUUUUCACAGCAAAGGUGAUCCUGGUUCAGUACCUAGACGUCUAUCUUAACGGCUGUCAGUAACAGUCUGUACUUUUUGCAAUAAAGAACUCAAUAUCACAGACCUUUAGAUUGACAUUUAAUAAGA